AUUUACUGGAACCAAACAGUGCGUUAUCACUGCAGAAGGAGGAGUGGCCCCCGUGUCAGCUCUAGUACCCGUAGAUGAGAUAGGUCUUGAUAGAGUGGAAGUAGGCUUUGAGUAACGAACAGAGGUCAGGAUUCGAGGCCAGUUGACCUCCGGACCAGAUGGAGGAGGGGAAGAGGGCGAGGACAAGGACUCCAACAUACCUGAACUCCCUCCGCCCACCACCCUCAACAUCAUCCUCCUCCUCUUCGUCGGCUCCUUCUCCCCUAGCUCCUACCGCAAGUACGCCUGCUGCAGUUGCCCCUGCUGUUUCUCCUGUUCAUCUCCAUCCGCCACCACCGCCCCCUCCGGCUCAUCAGUCGAUGUGUCUUCCACCGUCUGAUCCUAACUUCCCUUCUCCGUCCUCCAGCGGACAUGAAAGCGAGACGCUGCUGGAGUUGGAUUUGGCCGGAAUCCACCCGACGGAAGCAGGGCGACUCCAGGAAGUAUCGGGGCCUUUGAGUCGUCGGGUGCCUGCAGAUGAUUCUCAUCCUCCUCUCUGUGCUGUGUGUUGUGAUAAAGCUACUGGGAAGCACUACGGAGCUGCUUCUUGUGAUGGAUGCAAGGGAUUCUUCCGGAGAUCAGUCCGAAGAAACCAAGCCUAUGCUUGCCGAUUCCAGCGAAACUGUCCGGUGGACAAAGACCGUCGGAAUCAGUGUCGAUUUUGCCGCCUCAACAAAUGCCUUCGUGUAGGCAUGAAACGAGAAGCUGUGCAGAUCGAGAGGGAUCGCAUCAGCAGCAGGCGUGCAAAUUACGAGGAAGCCCGUAUCAUCGAGGGGUUGUCGGUGCAGACCCUCCUUCAGGCUGAAGUUAUGUCCCGUCAGACAGGUCCGCCUUAUUUGGACUACAAUAUUCAUGAGAAACGAGUGGCGAAUAUCGACGACGUGUGUGAUUCUAUGAAGCAACAACUUCACAUCCUGGUCGAAUGGGCCAAGUACAUCCCUGCCUUUGCCAAGCUUUCCAUCGACGAUCAGGUAGCACUACUUCGGGCUCACGCAGGCGAACAUCUUCUCCUUGGUCUCGCUCGAAGAUCUAUGCACCUUAAAGAUGUUCUUCUCCUUGGGAACAAUUCCAUCAUCCGACGACACUCCUCCGAUAUUGGGGUGAGUCGCGUGGGAGCGAGAAUCAUGGAUGAACUGGUUGGACCCUUGCAAGAAGUCGCCAUUGAUGAUACCGAAUUCGCUUGCCUCAAGGCCAUCGUAUUCUUCGAUCAAUAUGCCAAAGGAGUACGAGAACGGGAAAGGAUAAAGAAUCUGCGCGAUCAGGUGAUCCUGAAUCUGGAAGAUUACAUCAUGGAGCGGCAAUACGAGCACCGAGGGAGAUUCGGAAAACUUAUGCUCACGCUCCUCUCCCUGCAGAGCAUCACAAAUCAAAUGGUCGAGCAAAUCCAAAAUGCCAAACUGUACGGAGUGGCCAAGUUGGAUCCUCUGCUGAAAGAAAUGCUUCCUAUUGGAGGUGGAGGCGGAGAGGGUGAGAGGAAUCCGACUGGUCUUCUUCAAGCUGGGCUCGGACUCGAUGGGGGUCAUGCUCCACUUUUACAGGAAACAUUUUCACCAUCAGAGUGUCACAGUCCGUCUUCCAUGGUACUCAAUGGUACCAAACCGGAUUCCAGUCCAUAUGUUCAUGCUCGAAUGACGGCAGGAUUCCAUUCCGAUUUCUCUCAGACACUCACUCACUUCUCGUACCUGAAUGACGGCUUCAAACAAGAAUCCCUGGAGUCCCCUCAUUCAUACAACUGAGCCCAGCUACUGAGGCGCAGUGAGAAUUUGGACUGAACCUCGAGUGGUUGGACUGUGGUAUACUUGUAUUUCCCCCCAUUCCGGUUCUUCCUCAAGGGAGACCGGGCAUCGAAUGUGAUGAGAAGAUAUUCAGCAGUGAAACGUGCAAGAUGCAAGAAGGCUUUAUUUGGUAGGCUUUAGAAUUGUGCUCUGUGAUGUGUUUUUUUUUUUCUUGCGUCGAAGCGCCAAUGUAGGGAGACUGAGAGCGUAACUAAGGACGUGAUGACAGCGUCGUACAGAUACGGAACGAUCAACUGGUCCUGUAGGGCUGAAAUUAAUGUUGCGAUUCGGGAAUGAAGCAUAAUGUUCCCAUCGUCGUUAUUCCGUGCGGAUGACCUUACUUUCGUCGUUAUUCCAGGAUCGCAUCGAAUCGUCCAUCAGUUGGAAUAAUGGAUGCAAAGUCUGCAAUCCCAUGAAAGUAGAAAGAAAAGAGUUUUAAGAGUCAAGACACCAAUUACUCGCAUCUUCUUGGCUAUGCCUGCCUAUACCUAUGGAUGGAGAUGGAGAAAACCAUACGUUUGCGAAGGCGAGGAAGCUCUUUCAAUUGCCCGUUCGUUCUUCGACAUUCUUCAUAGGAGGCGAAAGGUCUAUAAGUAUUUUUUUGUAGUCUUCUCGUUAUAGUGAAUCAAUAAUAUCCCUCUCCCGAGACCUUCUAUUACUGUAGGACGCUUCCCAGCCGAUUGAAAAGAGGAAAAUAGAAUCAAGAACCGCGUGCAAUAUAUAUCCCCUCAUAUAUAUGGAAAAUGUUACAGCGCAAUGUUACGAAUAUUUUAUCUAAUUUGAUGUGGAAACGAUUGGUCAUAGUGCGUUCCUCGUGCAAAGAUUUAAUCGCAAUCCGAUAAUGAUGGAGGAAAAGGAGUCGUUCUCUCAGGAAGGAUAGCACACACUUCCCUACAUCCACAAAUCUCUGUGCAAUGAUCGUGUCAUAGUCUCUCGUAUUCAACUAAAUAAGGGAAAGUUCGCAGUGUCAGGACGUGAACGGGAAAGAGAUCUCGAACAAAAGCGGCCGGGGAUAACUUGCAGGUCCUCACUCUUAUUUGUGGCAUAAUUGGUGACAUUACCCCCUUUCUAUAUUCCUUCCUGUCAUGUUAUCGAGAUCCCACAAACUAAUCAUUUCCAUUUGCAAUAUGAUGUCUCGCCAACGCUAACACGUAGAGUGACUGCUUUAUCUCGUAAUGCAAAAUGGGUCUUGAGUUCCAGCUUGGGAACCUCAUCUACAGUAUUGCCUUACUCUUUCACCCUCCACCAGAAUGAGCGAACCCCAAAGGAUUUUCAGAAUCCCGAUAUUUUCUGACAAGCCUCUUACAGUAAAGACCUCGUAUUGGAGUCUUUCCUCAUUUGAUAAAGACAAAAAUGAGAUAAAGAUCGUGCAAUCGCUAUCUCCAGCGUGUCUGGCGAAUCCUAUUGGUCAUGCCAUGCUGACGCUUAUUCCCUUCCAAGAUUGUUGCUCUCCCCUCUUCUUUUUCUCUUGUCAUUUAUUGACCAAGUAUUCACAUUGUGAUGGGUUGAUAUUUUUAGCCGCCUACACGUAAAUGCUUCAUCGAGUG